AUGGGAUCAUGUUUUUCUCGAAAUCGAAGGGAGUCUGCUGGUGCUUCCGGAAACGGCUUGGAAACCAUAAAUGCUAACCAGUUUGUAUCACCUACCACUUUAUAUAUGGUGAACACUAGUGGCGAACAACACUUAGAUCCAUCUUCCCAUGUCAGAAAUGUAGCAGGAACUUAUCAAGACAAGGAGGUGCUUGUAGCUUUAUAUGCUUAUGAAUCUCGUGCUGAUGGCGAUCUGAGUUUCAAAAAAGGGGAUUUUAUGUAUCUACUCGAUCAAAGUAAUUGCGAUUGGUGGUAUGUGAAACAUCAACGUACGGGAGCCACUGGAUAUGUUCCAAGAAACUUUGUUGCCAAGCAGCAAACGAUUGAAAGCGAAGAAUGGUAUGCAGGUAAAAUUCCGAGGAAUAGAGCAGAACGCCUUGUUCUUGCUAACAAUCUGCCAAAAGGUACUUUCCUUAUUCGCGAAAGGGAGGCAGAUGGAAGAGAGUUUGCUUUAACAAUCAGAGAUUCUGAAGAUAAUCGCAAUGGUGGCACAGUUAAGCAUUAUAAAAUUAAAAGGUUGGAUCAUGACCAAGGCUUCUUCAUUACAACUCGAAGAACAUUCAAAACUCUUCAUGAACUUGUUGCAUAUUACUCAGAAAUGGCUGAUGGUCUUUGUUGCCAAUUGACUUUCCCUGCCCCUCGUAUUACACCUACUAGACCAGAUUUGAGUCAUGAUACUCAACAAAAUUGGGAAAUUCCUCGAAAUCAGUUAACUCUCAAAGAUAAAUUAGGGGAUGGUAAUUUUGGACAAGUUUGGUAUGGUCGGUGGAGAGGCAUCGUUGAGGUAGCAAUUAAGACUAUGAAACCAGGAACAAUGUCUCCAGAUGCUUUUCUUCAGGAAGCACAGAUUAUGAAGCAAUGUGACCAUCCUAACUUGGUGAAAUUAUACGCGGUUUGUACACGAGAAGAGCCUUUCUAUAUUAUAACGGAAUACAUGUGUAACGGAUCUCUGUUGCAAUACUUGAGAAGUGAUGGAAAUAACUUGGCUAUUCAAGCUUUAGUAGAUAUGGCUGCUCAGGUGGCCAAUGGUAUGAUGUAUUUGGAAGAAAGAAAACUUGUGCACCGUGAUUUAGCGGCGAGAAAUGUUCUAGUCGGUGAUAAAAUCAGUGGCGUUCCAGUUGUCAAGGUCGCUGAUUUCGGAUUAGCUCGAAAGUUGAUGGAGGAAGAUAUUUAUGAGGCUAGAACUGGUGCGAAGUUUCCUAUCAAGUGGACAGCUCCUGAAGCAGCUACAUGUGGAAACUUCACGGUAAAGAGCGAUGUUUGGUCGUACGGAAUUUUGUUGUAUGAAAUUAUGACAAAAGGACAAGUUCCAUACCCAGGAAUGCAAAAUCGAGAAGUUGUUGAACAAGUGGAGUUGGGAUACAGAAUGUCAAUGCCUCGUCAAUGUCCGGAACAGAUAUAUAAUGAGGUCAUGUUGAAAUGUUGGGACAAGGUUCCUGAAAGACGCCCAACAUUCGAUCAUCUGUUCCACUUCUUUGAUGAUUAUUUCGUUUCAUCACAACCAAACUACGUUCCUCCAAGUGUUUGA